AGGACAAGUUUACAUGGGGAACGGAUUGCUGUGUGACUGUAACUAAGAACGGACUCAUAAGAACCGAGAAUGUAUUUAAUGUUGUAAUUUUAUUUAAAAAGAAAAUAAUAGUUUUAUGUAAAAUAAUUGUUUGCAACUGUACAUCAACUGGAUAAGACACCGAACUUGCAUGUCUGGUUUGCUGUGUUUUCUUGUUUGGCCUCUAUAAACUCUAUAAUGCACUCGAAGCUAUAUAAACCACUUGAAUGCGAGUCGAGUUGGAUUUUUGUAUCCUGGGUUGGCGACGGUACGCAGGGCACGUGAAGGCAACACAGCAUGAAAGUAAACUCUGCAGUGAGAGAGCGCUGCGGUAAACACGGCUUUGUGAUGGCAACGGUGAUUUGUUUUGUCUAAAAGACGGCCGGUAGUCGGUAGGAAGCUCUGGCUCUGCCGCCCACAGGCGAGCUGAGCCGCCAUGGGGACGCGGUGGUCUCGAAGCGGCAGCAGCCUGUCGCUCCUCCCGGAGAGGCAGAGCUCUCAGCAGCAGGGAGAGGACAGGGACUCCGAUAAUGACUCUCUGGAUGGGCUAGUCAGACGGGAGGACAUAGCCCAGUUCCCGUACGUGGAGUUCACCGGGAGGGACAGCAUAACAUGUCCGACAUGUCAAGGCACUGGGCGAAUACCCUCAGAUCAAGUGAAUGAACUGGUUGCAUUGAUCCCAUACAGUGACCAAAGGCUGCAGCCCCAAAGAACGAAGCUGUAUGUGGUGUUGUCAGUUGUGCUGUGCCUCCUGGCCUCUUCGCUUGUUGCCUUCUUCCUCUUCCCUCGCUCGGUGGUUGUGGUGGAUGAUGGGAUUCGCUCUGUGACUGUUCACUUUGAUCACACCAACAUGAAGGUCCAGAUGAACAUGACGAGCACACUGAACUUCAGCAACCCAAACUUCUUCUCGGUGCUGGUUCAGAGUGUGAGCAGCCAGGUCCUUUACAUGAAGACAGUGGUUGGAACUCAGCAGCUAAACAAUGCCACCACCAUCCUGCCACUCAGUGAGCGUCAGGUGAACUACACUGUCAGCAUGGAGAUUGGUAGCAGUGCACCCUAUGUCUAUGCCUUCUGCACCAUGCCCAGCAUCAAGGUCCACAACAUCGUGGUAUUUGUGCAAACUUCAGUGAAAACCUCAUACAUGGUGCGAACAUCCCAGAACAGCCUCGAGGCCUAUCGCUACAUAGACUGCGGUUCCAACACCACAUACCACCAGACAGCCAAGCUUCCCAGGCACCUCUCAUCUACUCACUCACAAGCCACAUCCCUCAGCCCUCGUCUGCUGUGAGCAGAACAGUCCUGGAUGAUGUGGAUCAUUUCUCUGGGGGAGGUGGGAGAUGUUAGCGUGAACUGCGGGAUGGAUUUUGCUCUCCCCUUUGCAGAGAAAACCACUGGCAGCAGAAAUACCGAAUGGUACUUUCUUCUAAGCUCUAACAGAAUAGGUAACUUGAAGCUGCUGUUAACUCUGAAUGAUAAAGCUGUGUCCUGGAAAACUCGCUUGUGCCAAGGGACUGUUGUGAAAGGCAAGUCGUUUCUUUUCUGACUGCACAUUUGUUUUCCUCGGACAGCCCGGAGGCCACAGAUGAGUGGUUUUGAUGUGGUUGUUGUUAGGCAUCACCAAGUGAAAAUGCAGCUUCAUGGCCAUUUUACUGCAAGGCCAGUUUUGCUUUAAUACCUGAUCUGUCAUUCCUGGAAUUGGAUAUUUCCUGCCUCAGCAGCCAAUUUUGGUUUUUACUUGUCUUACUGGGGCUUAAAAUCCAAGUUUAAGAAGGUGGUGUUUGCUAUUUUUUUUUCUAUUGUGCUGACAGAACGAGUCACAGGCCCUGCUGGUGAAAAUGGAGGCAAAUUGAAUGAGUCAUUGCCAACGAGUGCUGUGUGGCCUUGUUUUGCAAACAGGACAAAUGUCAGAGAAAGCUCUGUCCUUCGAGGGCAAUGGCCAACAUUCACCUCUGACAGUGAAGUGCCAGGAAUGGCAUUUUUUUUCCAGCUUUAAGUAACACUGCUCUGUCUGUGUCUGCUGCUGCUGCUGCUGGAACAUCAGCGGAGCAUCCUUCAGCACAGCUUGAGUGACUUUUGGCAUUGUUACACUUUGUUGACCAAAGGCUGCUGACUUUUCUUUAAAAAAAAGGAGAAGAGAGAGAGCUGGCUUGCUGUUUCUGUUUGGGUUUAAUGCAAGGGAUCAUUUAGUGACUGUUUCUGCACCUUGUUAUUGUCGUAUAUUGUUUUGCUGUGUCAUUUAACGAGUUCUUAAGCUGAAAAUUACAUUUACACAUGUUACAUAUCACAGACAUUUUUAAAUGAAAUAAUAAGUUAUUGUUAUCUCAGCACGUCUAAGCACACUGGUUUUAGAUUCAGGGUAUAGAUCAGAAAGGAAUACCCUGGCAGCAGCUAUACCCUAUAUAUCUAUAUCUAUAUUUAUAUCUAUAUCUAUAUAUAUAUAUAUAUAUAUAUAUAUAUAUAUAUAUAUAUAUAUAUACACACACACACACACACAUACCCUAUAUAUGCACAUAUAGGGUAUGUAAAGGAUUACUGUUCUCAGACUAGAUGGAGGAUAAUGUCAAACUUUCUAGAUAGGAAGUGCAAGGUUAUCAGCUCAAGUUGUCUUAUAAGCUCAAGUGUUGAUCUCUGAUCUUGUAAUCACUCAAUGGUAUCCUAGUAAAAAAAAAAACUGUUGGUUAAGCUACUGAAAAAGGACUCUGGGGCCUUAAAUAUUUUUUUCCAAUGUACCUCAUCCAGUAUGAGCUGUUGAGCACCUGUGUGUGCAGAUACAUCCUUCACCAUGGCCUUAACAAUCCAGAUGUGCAACAGGAAGCAGGAUGUAAACAUGGCUGCAUCUGUAUGUUUUUACUGAACUCCUCUGUGGCUAAUCAAACGUUACAAGUCUCUGCAGAGCAUUUCAGACCAUUAAGUCCAUUAUCUCAGAGCCUGCUGGUGAAACGUCACAUCGUAUUCUCCGAUUACUUCUACUGUAGUAUCAGCUGUGUGUAGGGUUGCUGUUACAGUGGAAACAAAAUGAGUGAAAGCAAUUUUGAUUUCACCUUUUUUUUUUUUUUAGGGGACAGUUGCUUGUAAAUUUAUGAAUGAAAGUUUUUACGAGGGUUUUUAAAGAUGUAUAUUUUUGUGCUUGGUUCUAGUUUGAAAAAAGAUAUUAAAGGGAAUUGUGAAUAAAUAAAAUGAAUGAUG